GCACCAGACAUUCUGAGUAAGGAGCUUCAAGAAUACUACCUCCCAUCGGGCAAGACCCUUUCUCAGUUACAUAGCUUGUCUGUUGUAUCGUUCGUCACGCGGGAGCAUGCGUGCGGCGCAGAAUGGCCCACUGCGUUCGACAUUGAGAUAUGUAUCCUGGAUAAGGCCGAGGCCUUUUCCUCAGAAGCAAUGCCUACGCGUGAGGUCAACAGGAUCUUUCCGCGAAGCGUAGAGUGGAGUGCUCUGCCUGAUGGGCCGAGUCGCGGACCUCUGUCUCCACAGCAAGCUAGAACUCUGCCCACUACGUUAUUAAGGCUUUGUGUCAAGAUUGCACUUGAGACUCCAGUGAAGGUCGAAAUGCCAUCCCAGAAAGGCAAGUCAACAUUGAAUGUCCUUGUACAAGCUGUAACGGUCGUCGUUCCCACGCUCCGCUUGAACAGGACACAUUGGGUAACGGUUGAGAAGCCGAAACGAGGCACUACCAGGUACAAGUUGUGCUGUAUGUCAUCACUGACGUCCCACCCUGCCUGUCUUUAUUGCCAUCGACCUGAGUUCUUCUGCCUGGCACGGAGGUUGGCCGGUGCGAAUUUGGUUGAGAUGACGGAUGGAGAGUCAAAAUUCGUUGACCAAGCAAGAUCGAAACGGAAGAACCCUGCUGAUAACAGCGGUUUGCAAACGGCUCCAUUCGAUCACUGA